CAUUUUCGGUUUGCGUGCGCUCUAGUGGGGUGAAAAAGGUCGAGCUUUAAGCUCAACCGCUGUGCGUCCCUCGCGGUACUGAAUCAAUUGAUAUCGUCAUCGUCAGUCGUUUGCUUCCACUUCCGCUCCGUGAGCUUUCGCCAGUUAGCGCGGAGCUCAAGUGCAUCACAGGACAAAGGGAUAAAAAAACUAUUGCUCUCUUGGUUGAGGAAUUUCUGUGUGUGCUCCGGAAAGACUCAGCAUAAUUUGAGUGAGUGUGUGUGAAUUCUUUCUGGUGGAUCGACUGACGGCGCCACUCACAUGUGAGAUGAUUGCAUGACAAGAGAGGCGCCUGGAAAGACAUGGAUGGUGAAAAUCGCAUAAUUCUCAAUGUGGGUGGUAUCAGAUACGAAACGUACAAAGCCACACUGAAGAAAAUCCCAGCAACGAGACUCUCCAGAUUGACAGAAGCUCUCGCAAAUUAUGAUCCCGUCCUCAACGAGUACUUUUUCGACCGGCAUCCGGGAGUUUUUGCACAGAUUCUCAAUUACUACAGAACUGGAAAGCUUCAUUACCCGACUGAUGUGUGCGGACCACUUUUCGAGGAGGAGCUGGAGUUCUGGGGCCUCGACUCCAAUCAGGUGGAGCCGUGCUGCUGGUCCACGUACAGCAUCCACCGCGACACGCAGACUACUCUGGCGAUUAUCGAUAAGCUGGACUUAGACAACGAAAAGCCGUCUGAAGAGCAAAUAGCCAGACUGUUCGGUUUCGAGGAGGCCCUGGCUCGAGGCGAGCUCAACUGCUGGCAGAAGCUGAAGCCCAAAAUUUGGGCAAUGUUUGACGAGCCGUCGAGCUCGAUGGGCGCCAAAGUAAAGGCUAGCAAUGUUGUGGCGUGCAUUUCGGUGUUUUUCAUCUGUACAUCCGUCAUUGUGUUCUGCUUGAAAACACAUCCGGGCUUUAGAGUGGAGCUACUUCCUGUGGACUUCAUUGUGGCCAACAGCAGUAGUGAAUUGACCAACACAACAGUGGCAUAUCAAGAGGAGACAACGACUGCAUCGACAAUGAGACCAUCUCAGACCACCUUCGCAACAACGAAUUACUCCGGCCGAUGGAAGAGGCCCAGCAUGGUGAAGGACGGUUGGCAGGACACUUACGGCCAGCCUCAUUUGGCAUUCUUCUAUGUGGAGCUCAUGUGCAAUCUGUGGUUCAUCAUUGAGCUGGCGGUGCGUUUUGUGGUUGCGCCCAAUCUCUUCCAAUUCGUCAAAUCCCCAGUGAAUAUCAUCGAUCUGGCCGCCACUUUGAGCUUCUACACGGACGUGGCGCAGCAGAUGGGCGAACAACCGGGCCUGCUGGAGGCCUUCUCCAUCAUCCGGAUUCUGAGACUGUUCAAGCUAACGCGCCACUCGCCCGGCCUCCGCAUCCUCAUUCACACCUUCAAGGCGUCCGCCAAGGAGCUCACCCUCCUCGUCUUCUUCCUCGUUCUCGGCAUCGUGGUCUUCGCCAGUCUCGUCUAUUAUGCUGAAAAGUUGCAAGAUAAUCCGGAUAAUCAAUUCAAAAGCAUUCCUCUCGGUCUGUGGUGGGCCAUAGUGACCAUGACGACAGUGGGAUACGGCGAUAUUGUCCCCAAGACGUACGUGGGGAUGUUUGUAGGCGCUCUUUGUGCAUUGGCCGGUGUCUUGACGAUUGCUCUUCCCGUUCCGGUCAUCGUCAGCAAUUUUUCCAUGUUCUACUCACACACUCAGGCACGAUCCAAAUUGCCGAGGCAACGUCAGCGUGUCAUUCCUGUGGAACAGCCGAGGCGAAAGAGGGACACCGAGGUCUCAACAAUACGACACAAUGUCAACAGCAGCCUGAAGAAUAGUCAGCACCCGCCGAAUGCCCACCUAAACAAUUUCAAAGAUGCCUUUGGUACGGCAAAAAUUGCAGUAAUUUCACCCUCUGUCGAUAACAAAUCACGCCAGGUGACAAAGGAUGACUCCGCCCAGGAGACUGACAACCAUCGUGACACAAAAUACCGCCUUGAUUAUUUCUAAAGUUAAGAUGGAAUGCAUAGCCGUGAAUGACCCGAAGUAAUCCAGCCAAAUAGACGCUGAACCCUUUAUCGACUUUACCAAGCUCGUAUACUUUUGUGAUAAUAAAUUAUCUCUCUUGAAUUGUAGAACUUCCAUUGAUUGAGAAAAAUUUCUAUAUUUAAAUAAGGUGAAAAGUUACACAAUUUCUAGAUAGGUGAGUGAAUAAAUAUUCUUUCAAUCCCAAUUGUACAGAGCUUGUCUGCAACACUCUCAACGUUACGUCGCACCUUUUAAAGUUGUGGUUGAAGACAAUUUAAUGUAUAUUUAGCAAAUGAAUUGUUAAACUUACUAUACAGUCGAAGCUGAUUAUAUGAAGAAAAUUCAUUUGCAUAAUUAACUUCUCUGUCGCGUCGUUUUCGACUGCUUUCUAACUCUUUAGCUGGAGUUUGGUCAAUAUUUGUGAAUUUCUCGCCAUUGAGAGCAUCUUUUGAACCUAUUGAGCUUGACGAAUCCCAAUUGAUACAGAGCAUUCAGAGCGCUUGAAGUGUGUCUGAAAGCUUCCAUUUCAAUCGCAUAGCCUUUAUGCAAAUACGUUGAUUUAUCUUUCAUCCUCUCAACUUUUCCACAUUUCAGUGAUAUUUCAACUCAUAUUGAGACCAUUGAGACCAAAGUUUGUGAAAUAUUGUCCACCGCAAGCUCGAGAGUGUUGAUGACAAACUUUUAUUGAAUAUACAUAUUUCUUAUUGUAAGGAAAAAAAAAAGAAUGCGAAAGUCUUAUAAUAACGUAGUGAAAUUGUAAAAAGAAUCUCUUCCACAAAGUAUUGGCCCUUCUAUUUUGUUAUUCACCCUCAAUUUGUAAUUUAAUAUAAUAUUAUGUAUGUGUAAAAUUACAUGAAUACUUGUCCAAACUGUGAUUCAUCUAGAAAACAAAAAGAGAUUAAACCUCCUCAAGAGAAAGAGAGAGAAAAUAUAGUAAGAAAUAAUGUAUA